UCGGUAGGAAAAGCGAAUGAAUCUUCUGAAUUGUUGGACGACUAUAUGAGAUGUUAUUUGCAUGGUAUUACUGUUUUAUGUGACCUCCUGUAUGAAUCGCGAACGAAAAGUGCCGUCGAUCUUUUGCGUAGCUAUAUUAACCCUGCUAUAGCUCUAGCCCAACGUUUAAGUGUAAACCUGAAUGCCAGUGCUUAUGCGACUUUGGCUAAAUAUUGUGAUGCACAGUUUACUGCCUUAGAUGCUUAUUUAACUUCAUCUGAGUUUGCAGCAAGACGGAAUUUCUUGAAACAGGCUCAAAAGAACGUUGUUGAUUUGUCAAAUUUAGGUGAACAGAGUCGAUUAUUACGAUUACUCCAACGUCAAUCAGCUCUCGAAGAUAUUGAGUUAACUGCACUGAAAAAAGAUGCUGAUCAUUUCUUAGAAGCAGCAGUUGAUGCAUAUGCUAAAUCCUUACCUUUAUCGGAUGACCAUGAUUUGACGAUCUUCCGUCUUAUAUCUCUAUGGCUUUCCGCAAACAGUUCACCGUAUCCAGAGAGAAGAGAGAAUGUCAAUAAAGUUCUGUCGGAACAAUUAACGAAAAUUGAAGCGCACAAAUUUCUCCCGCUGGUUCCUCAGUUAGUUGCCCGGUUGUCAACUAAUAGUGAAGGUGAAUCAUCCUUCCAAACUAUCUUGACAAAACUAAUCAUACGAAUAGUCGAUAUGCAUCCGCACCACUCUGCAUUUGCUAUACUGUUUCUUAUCAAUGCCGAAUUGGAUUAUUUCUACAGUCAGACACCAAAAAGUUCUGGUCGCCAGCUUCCCAACCCUACGAAUUCAUCCAAAGUAUAUAAACAGCAAAUUAAUGAGGCAUCUGUGGGGUCAAGUUGCCGCAAAACGGCUGCUCUAAAAGUCUUUGACCAGUUAUGUCGUGGUCGACGUGGAGAACUUUUAAGGCAAAUGCAACGUUUAGCUCAAGCUUACAUAGAUUUGGCAAAUACGAAGGUUGACAAAUACAAAACAAAUGCAGAUAGCAUUCCACUUCCGACUGGAUGCGAACUGUAUCGUUUAAUAUCGCUGGGUUCGCAUAGUUCUCAUCGUGCUGGGGAUUUUCAACUUGGACUUGUUACCGUGCCAACUUGUAAUGUUCCUAUAGACCGUUCUGGGCACUAUCCAGAUUCAAAAGCCACUCGUAUUGCUGGUUUUUCUCCAAAAUUUCGCCUUGUUGGCGGAAUUAAUAGUCCUAUACUCAUCAGCUGUUUGGGUACUGAUGGGAAAAUCUAUCGACAGUUGGUCAAAGGUAAUGAUGAUCCAAGACAGGAUGCGGUCAUGCAACAGGUAUUUACCGCUGCUAACCUUUUGUUAGGGCAGUAUGAGAAAAUCAGUUCCGGUGCGUCGCUGCAGUGCUCGACUUCCCUCAUCAAUGUACCCAAAUAUCGCGGUAACUGGUUGUAUGUGAAUAAUGGGCUUUGUAUACGCACAUAUAAAGUUGUACCGGUGUCUCAACGCUGUGGUGUCAUCGAAUGGUGCGAAGGUACAGUACCAUUGGGUGAAUGGUUGGCCAAUGAGCGUUCUGGUGCUCAUCAACGUUACAGACCACGUGAUAUGUUUCCAAAUCAAGCCAAACAACGUUUAGCAGCAGUUAGAGACAAGGGGAUUGAUGUUAAAUUAGCAGUAUAUAGUGAGAUAUGCGAAAAAACAAAGCCGGUACUUGCCUAUUUCUUUUUGGAGCAAUUUUCUAAUCCAGCGGAUUGGUGCAAAGCUCGAUUGGCUUAUACUCGGUCACUAGCUGUAACUAGUGUAGUAGGAUACCUUGUUGGGUUAGGUGAUAGACAUCCGCAUAAUAUAUUAUUGCACAAGUCUUCUGGUGAACUCGUUCACAUUGAUUUUGGUGUAGCUUUUGAUCAAGGUCGUCUUCUGCCAACCCCCGAAACAGUUCCCUUUCGCCUAACACGUGACCUUGUCCACGCCUUAGGUCCUUUAGGUUUGCAGACAGGAUUUAUCCCAGCUGCCGAAGCCGUGCUGAGAAAACUUCGGGAAGGAUCUAAUGUUAUUCUGACCCUUUUGCAGGUUUUGCUGUAUGACCCCUUGUAUUCUUGGUCAUUAACCCCUGCCCAGUUAUGCGCAUUAGAAGCCAAACGUGCUGAAAUUAAUGCAACACUAGACAAGUCGAAAUCACAUUUUCCAGUGAAUGAUCAAUGCACUAACAUAUCCAGAUCUAUGAAUAAAGAAAAUAUUGGGAUGAAUGUACCAUCAGCUGCAAACAGUAGCCAUUGUCAGCAAGAUGACUCUGAGACGAGAGAAAAAGAGCAAGUUAAUCAACUUGCUGAACGUGUUCUCCUCGAUGUGAGAAGUAAACUUCAAGGUCUUGUCAGUGGGAACUUAGUUACUAAUUCAUCGAAUGAAGUUCCAAAUACUUGUAGUAAUGCCGGCGGCGGACUUGAUCAACUCGAUGUUUCUGGACAUAUUGGUUUACUAGUACAUGCAGCCACAGAUCCUUCGAAUUUGUCAAGAAUGUAUUUUGGUUGGCAAGCUUAUCUAUGAAUUAAAAUAACUUGCAUUCAGUUUUUUAGGUUGUACUUAGUUACUUUGUUUUCAUCUAUGCUACCAUUGAAACCAUGUAAUCAUUGGCUAUAUGUUUUCUUGGUGAUAAGAAGUUCAGUUUAUAUUUUUCUAAAUGUACUUGUAAAUUUCAGAUGUUGAGAACUUAUUACCUCAAUUAAAGACUGUAAAUAAUAUAUCAUGAAUUUUUUCGUCA